GGUAUAUUGUACCCGGACGGUCACACAUCGCACGUGUUGGAUGUUUUUAUUUUAGCUGAAUUCAAACAAAUCGGAAUGAGGCAGAAACACGGGAAAAACAGGGGCAAGCCCUACAACAAACCAGCCCCAGCGCGCCGCAAUGAAAGGUUCUCCAAAAACUAUAGCUUUAUCCAGCGGAGCAAGCAGAUGGAGGAGAUGCAUCGCAGGGAAAGGAUUCCUGGAUCAGCGCCUCAGCCCGAAUAUGAGCCCGUAGCCGAGCUCUUGCCGGAAAUUCAGGACGACGUCAACGAGAAUGGAUUUUACGAACAACUUGUGACCGGAUUCAACCACAUACCCACAGGUCACAUUCUGAGUUCAACGACGGACGAGCCUGUUGCUUCUGAACCGGAAAACAAGAAGAAGUCAAAGAUGGAUAAUCUUUCGGAGAAUAUAAGUGCAGACCUAGAAACAUGUAAUUCGUUUUCAAAACGCUUCGACUUCGAGCUGUCGACUGAGAACAUCAACGAUUUGAUAGCAAAGAAAGCUGUCAAGUGUAUCAAAAGUAAUUGGACUGCGUUGGGUAACGUGAGGUUUGAGAUUCCCCAACUAUCUUCGUCCGAUAUCAAAGACCACUCCGGUUGCAGGGAACCACAAGAAAUUGCCACUUCCGAAGACCUUCAGAAAUUGGAGGUAAAACUGUCCAUUUGUGGAAACGCCAAGCUGCCGCUCACACCCCUGCAGUCCGAAUUGUUUUACAUUGCAAAUAACUACCAGGAUUUGUACUGUCCCCAGCGCAGCUACGGCAAUGCUGAGGAGAUCAGAUAUGUAUAUUGUCUGCAUGCAAUUAAUCAUAUGCUAAAGGUCAGAUCGCUUAUAUUGCGUAAUAACGAAAAGGUGUCGGCUUUGGCCAAGUCCAUGAAAUUGUCACCCAACGAAGUCUCCAUACCAGAGAGUUUCCGAGACCAAGGACUAAAGCGGAUGAAGGUGCUGUUCAUUGUGCCAUUUCGGGAAUCAGCUCAAAAGAUAGUUAACACGAUCGGGGAUUUACUGUUUGGAAGUCAGGAUGCAAAGGCUAGGAACAAUUCGAUUGCCAACUAUGAACGAUUUCUAGGAGAUUUCUCUGGAAACACGAUAUACUUCCCAAAAACUAACCCCAAGCCCGUGGAUUACGAGCAGACCUUCAGUGGCAAUACAGAUGAUAACUUUAAACUAGGAAUUCGUUUUACCAAGAAGACAAUGUCCCUCUUCUCCGAUAUGAAUUCGUCGGAUAUGUUAAUCGCAUCUCCAUUGGGACUGAGGAUGCUCGUAACGGACAAGGAUAAUGAUUUCGACUUUUUAAAUUCAAUUGAGCUACUAAUCAUUGACCAGGCCGAGCUCUUCCUCGCCCAAAACUGGGAGAAUCUUCUCUAUUCGCUGGACCACUUGCACUUGCAACCGCAGAAGCUACCCGAUACUAAUUGCCAACGGGUUCGGACGUGGUGUCUGAGUGGAGCGUCAAACUUCUACCGCCAAACUCUGUUAUUCUCAUCACAUGAGCUCCCAGAGUUUCGGGCGGUGCUUAACAGCAAAUGCAAUAACUACCAGGGAAAAGUACGGAUCGCCAAUUUGGUCGACCAGGGUGACAUACGCAAUGUACUAACUCCGAUCGAACAGGUUUUCCAGCGAAUCAGUUGCUCAAAUGUUGAGUCAACAUUUGACGAUCGCUUCCAAUAUUUCGUUAAGCACAUUAUGCCCCAAUUCAGCAAGCCCGGAUUUUCGCACUGCAUGCUGUACGUGCCCAGCUACUUUGAUUACGUACGAAUACGAAACCAUUUCAAGACCGAGAUGGUCAGUUUCGUGCAGAUAAAUGAGUAUACAAAGAAAGAAAAAAUUUCCCGGGCGAGAGAUAUAUUCUUCCACAGCGGAGCGUCUGUUCUGUUAUACUCGGAAAGAGCACACUUCUUCCGGCGCACACGUAUUAAGGGUAUCCGGAAUUUGAUUCUUUAUCAGCCGCCCAAUUUUCCCCACUUUUACUCCGAAAUGAUCAAUUUGAUGCUUGAGUCGAAUCAAAAUCCGCGGGAUGGCUUCGGGGAAGCGAUGUCUGUGAAAAUUCUGUACACAAAAUAUGACCUGCUCAGUUUAAGUAACAUUGUUGGCAGUGAAAAUGCUGUCAAGUUGACCUCGGGAAAGAAGGAUUCCUACCUAUUUUCGACCAAAACAUGAACCUAAGCUAAGGACAUGUACACGCAUUAGUUUAAAGUAAAUUAUAUCCUUUGAAAAGAAAAUGCAAAGUAAAUGGUAAUUUGUAUAAUAUUUUUUUCGUUUCAUGGGUCUAUUUUCGGCCUAAAAUUGCUUUGUGUGACGUAAAUAUAUUUUAAAAGGUAGGUGAUUGAUCUGAUGUUAACAUCAGAACCGCUUCUGUCUGGUUUAUUUUUUUCCUUGUUUCCCAUUACGCAAUGCUGAAUUAUGCUGAAAAAAUGAAUAAUUAUCAAAUGGUUUAACGAACAAUAAGAGCCAAUUUCAGAUAGAUUCCCCUAGUCUAUUCCAUUGAAGGAUAAACUCUUGAUUAGGUUUUUAUAGUACUCAUUUGCUGAAGUUGUUUGCCUAAGAAAAUAUUUUGAAAUACUAGAUUAAUAUAACUUGGCUAACUUACUACCAUGAAGUUCGUUUACCAACUACUCAGGCAUUGGUUAUCGGCGGUACUUUACUAUACUCAAACCCGAUUUCCCAGUCUUAAAAUAAACUAAACAUUGGGGACUGCAUUGUC